AUGUUCCACGCCGAUGUCGUCGACAGCAGCCGCGAGACAAUCUUCGAGGACAGAGCAGAAAUCUUAAAGAUGGGUCGAGAUUUAGCUAUGAGAGGAUUGCUUGAUGUGCUUCACGUCGAGGACAACAUGAACCAGGCCAGCCUCUGUCGCGAUUCACUGAGAAACUUGCCACAAGGCAUUCACUAUGAAAUGACAAUCGCACCGACCAAGAGAGGCUGGGAGGCAGAGAUUAUAGGCGGAGAUCAGAGGGGAACCAGCUGUUCGAAGGGAACUGUCCAGGAUUUGGACAACGAGACCGCCGCCAGCGAAUUCAUCUUGCGUUGGAUGCAGGACGAACUGCAACGAUCCACGGACGGUGCUUACCUGGUUAAAUCUAAGAAAUAUCCUGACGAGUUUAGAGAUUUGUCGAGUGAGGUUCUCAGAUACUUUGUACAAAUCAUGAAGCUGAUCAGAGUAGUUCUACUUACACGGUUUUUUGGCUCGCUACCUCUACCUGGAUUCUCCGUACGCAUCGAGCGACGCCACCAGCCUGACGUCGGAUUCAUUGCCAUGGUUGUUGAUACUACGAACACCGUUCUCGAUUACCGAAAUGAAGAAUUCAAAUCCAGAUACAUCGAAGUGGGUGAACACGAGGCUAUAAUUGAGUUGGUCAAAUUUAUGAACAUCCUGAGGGUACGAUGUGAAGUCGAAGACUACGAGAAGGAGUUGGAGAAACGUGCAAAUGGUCCCGCUAAACGCAAAUACAAAUACACAUACAAAUCCGAAGUGCGAGAGUCCCAUCGCACAGGAAGGUCAUGGGCUGGCAUCAUCACGCGUGCCCCGAGGGGAAGACCGCAAGUGACUGAUGUUCAUCGGGAAUACUGCCCAACAGAAAUUGAUGCAUGGAGAUACGUUCGAACAUGGAUAGAAACGGAAAUGGACAUCCUUGAGAACGAUAAAUAUGAACCCGUAGUAAGUGCCCAGAUUUGGUUGAGCAGGCAAAUUAAUAAAGUCUAUCAGCCGAAGAUAAAGCUUCCGCUCGGCCUCCAUGUGGAGCCGGCAACAGGUCAUAGACGAAGGAAGCAGUAG